CAUAAAGAUGCUAAUACGUAUUCCACAGUAUGCAAUUAGCCACACACCGUCGGCCCCCAACUCAAUUAUAUCCCGCACCGACACCUACGGCCGCAACACAGGCACCCCUUUCUCCGUCUAUCCAGACCACGACGCCACGACUGUGAAAACUCUGAAAAUCUGGGAGGGCCGCGCGAGCGGCGACUCAGCGGGAUGAUGGGUAAUCACGGGCUUGCGUAUCAUCUGGUUCAACGACGAGCGCGGACGGCUCUACAACCACCCGCAGGACGGAGACCGGCUCAAGAUCCUGACAUUCGCGACCGAGGAAACGAUGACGGAAUGUAGUAUCCGGGCAGUGUAGCGCGUGGAUGGAAUCGAUAUCGUCACCAGCCGGGGCCAGCACUUGGUGGCGGGCGGCGAGGGAGGCACGCCUUACAGCAACGUGGCGAGAGGGUCGCUGGUGGGCUUUACGGGGAGUGCGGGAUGGGGUUGAUAAUAUUUCUGUCUUGUAUGGAUAAGGAUGGGGUUCUAGGGCUGUUCGGUGUGACCCUAUUGUACCAGGGAUCAAGCUGCUUACGCAGGCAGGACUACUAGGGAUAUAGGCGCUUUGGAGUGGAUUUACUGUACCUAGUACCUUAUCCUCGACCCCGAUAAUUGUCUCG